GUGCAAUAAAAAUAUUGGAAAGAGGCAUAAUGAAAAGAUUGGAAAGGAUAUAAUAAAAAAGAUUGUAAGAGGUGAAGUUAAAUAUACAGGUGCCUCAAAAAAGAUUUUGAACUUUUUUUUUGCCAUUUUACUCUGGGAAAUUUCAGCACAACAAAUUCCAUUCAAUGAUUUAGCUCCCGAAAUGGCAAGUGAAAGGGUUAAAAAAGGCGAACAUCCCAAUCCAUUUUUAGAAAGCACACCAAAACAAUAUAUAGAGAUAGUUAUGCAAGCCUGGGACAAAGAUCACAAUAAUCGUCCACAAAUUGAUUACCUACACGAACAACUUAAGAAUAUGAAAGAAGAUGCUGAAUUACAUCAAAACGGUUCUGCAACUUUUGCUUCUGUUGCACCUAUUAAAAAAAGUAAACAUGAGGUGCAAUUACCUCCAUUAUUACCUAUUGAGCAAGUAAUCACAUUCCACAAAGAAAAAAAAUACGAAGAGGCUUUCAUCCAGUUCGAGCAACUAGCGCAAAAUAAUGAUCCUCUAGCUUUAUAUUAUACUGGAUUAUAUCUUUACGAAGGUUAUGGCAUUAGAAAAGAUGUAAUUUGA